AUGUCAUCAUCUUCCGGAGAAAUCGACUACGAGGCUCUUCCCUCCAGUUCACCUCUAUCGCACCAGUUACUAGCGGGUGCAUUCGCUGGUAUCAUGGAACAUUCCGUUCUGUUCCCUGUAGAUGCUAUAAAGACCCGCAUCCAGUGUGCUACUCUAAAUACUGCCGGAUCUUCCAGUUUGCUACUACAAUUAUCUCGUAUAUCCGCCUUGGAAGGCUCUCUAGCCUUAUGGAAAGGUGUCCAGUCUGUGAUAUUGGGAGCAGGCCCCGCACAUGCUGUCUACUUCGCUACUUACGAGUUCACUAAAUCACAUCUCAUAAGGCCUGAAGAUAUACAGACGCACCAACCUUUCAAAACUGCUAUAAGUGGUGCCACAGCUACAAUUAUGGCAGAUGCAUUAAUGAAUCCAUUCGAUACUAUUAAACAACGAAUGCAAUUGAAAAGUUCAAAUCUCUCUGUAUGGGACAUAUCGAAGUCAAUUUAUCAAAAGGAAGGUCUAAAGGCUUUUUAUUAUUCAUACCCUACCACAUUAUUAAUGAAUAUCCCAUUUGCUGCAUGUAAUUUCACUAUCUAUGAGUCUGCUACAAAAUAUUUGAAUCCUUCAGACACCUAUAAUCCAUUUGUACAUUGUACUGCUGGUGGUAUUAGUGGUGCUGCAUGUGCCGCUUUGACAACUCCAUUAGACUGUAUAAAGACCGUCUUACAAACUAGAGGCAGUAAAGAUAUAUCCUCCGAUAUAAUGAGAAGGGCGGACACUUUCAUUAAGGCAUGUGAUGCAAUUUAUAGUACUCUGGGUUGGAAGGGUUUUUGGAGAGGUCUAAAACCAAGAGUUAUCGCUAAUAUGCCAGCUACCGCUAUCUCCUGGACAGCAUAUGAAUGUGCAAAGCAUUUUCUUGUAGAAAUUCACUGA